CAUGGCCUGAAUCGACAUCGGAUGCUUAACUGACUGAGCCGCCCGUGUACCCUGACAGUCCUAGAUAUCAAACUAUACUAAACAGAACAGUAUAUAGUACUGGCACAUACAGACACAGAGAUCAAGGUAACAGAAUAGAGUCCCGAAAUAAUCCCAUGCUUAUAAGGCCAGAUUAUUUACAGCAAAGGAGCUGAGAAUGUACAAUGGGGGAAAAGACUGUCUCUUCAAUCAGUGGUGCUGGGAAGAUGAGACAGCCACCCGCAAGGAGACGACACUGGACCAGCUUCACACCCCUGACCCGACAGCAAACUCGGUACGGAUCAAAUACGCGGAUGUAGGACUGGAAUCCAUCCAUGUCUAAAGACCAAACCGAAGUGCUCAGCUCCUGGACAUCAGCCUUAGCAUCAUUUUGUGCAAUCAUCCCUUCAGAGGAGCAGAAAUUUCGUGGCAGUGGAGAGGUGACCCGAACGCAGGAAGGACUUCUGAGAAGUCCUUUGGCGGAGCGUGGCUGUGAACGUGCUGCAGGGGAUCAAGGUGGGGAAACCCUGGACCCGGUUACAAGUGUCACUGUGCGUGGGGGCUGUCCCACUGGAGGCAGACCCUGUGAGUGCGCUGAGUGUAGAGAAGCCGUCGCAGACGGUUCCUUCCUAGAGGAGCCACGAAGGUCUCCCCCAGGACUCCCGCCGACUCCCGGGGAGGCAUGCGGGCCGGCCUGCAGCUCGGUCCCGAGCCUCAGCCCGCACGGGGACCCAGACCUUGGAGAGAUGCCCCGUGAAGGUCAGGACACCAGGAGAGCAUCUGAGACUUCGAAACGCCUCGGCAGGAAGAAAUCUCUGGAGUGCAAGAAGUGUGGGAACGCUUUCACCUGCAGGCCUUCCUUUCUGGAUCAUGUGCGGAAUGACUGUGGACAGAGAGUCCACGCAUGUGACACGUGUGGGAAAGCCUUCUUGUAUCACUCCUUCCUUGCCCGUCACGUGGGCACGCACUCUGGGCUGAGGACCUCUCAGUGUCAGGAGUGUGGGAGAGCCUUCCAGUAUAAAUCAUGCCUGAAAAAACACGUGAAGACACACGCUCGGGAGAAGCCCUAUACAUACCAGCCCUGUGGGAAAGCCUUCCCUGGUCGGCGCGCCCUUUCGGAACCUGCGGGAAGGUACACAGGGGAUGGGCCCUGGGAGUGUAAAGUGUGCGGGACUACUUUCAAGAUACGUGUACAUUUCGAACGUCACAUGAGCACACACAGUGUAGUGAAACCCCAUGAAUGCCAGGAGUGUGGCAAGGCCUUCAGGCAUCACCCAGACCUGCAGGUGCACAUGAGGACACACACCGGGGAGAGACCCUACGAAUGUAAGCAGUGUGGGAAGUCCUACCGGAAGCAUCAUCAUAUCAAACGGCACAUGACCACUCACAGUCCAGUGAAACCCUAUGAAUGUCAGCAGUGUGGCCGAGCCUUCGGGCAUCAGUCGUACCUGCGAGUGCACAUGAGAAUACACACCAGAAACAGGCUGUACGAACGUCAGCAGUGUGGCACAGGCGUCGGGGACCCCACAGCCCUGCGCGUGCACGUCGGGGCGCACACCGGGGAGAGGCCCUGUGAACAUCGGGCGUGUGGGACAGCCUUCAGAUAGCACUGGAAUCAGCGAGAACGUCUGAAGACCCACACUGAGGCGAGACCCUGUAACUGGCGGCAGUGUGGAAAAGCCUUCCGUUGCCACGCCCUUGUACUGCACGCUGUGGGAAGUCACAAGAGGGAUGGACCCAUGGAACGGAAGGAGUGAGGGGACAUUUUCAGGAAGCACCGACCUCUGAAUGUCACUGGAUCACACACACCAUGUAGUGAAACCCUGUGAAUCUCAGGAGUGUGGCAAAGCCUUCAGGUAUUACGGACACCAACGGAUACACGCACGGACACACUGCGGAAAUACUGUGUAACCGUCAGCCCUGUGGGAAAGCUGUCACGGCUCCUUCAAUCCUGGGAGCACAUAGGAGAGCUCACGCUGGGGACAGAUCCUGUGAGUGUCAGCAGUGCGCGACCGCCUUCAGGUGUGCAUCACUGCAAGUGCACAUGUGGACACGCGGGAGUCCACAUGUAAGUCAGUGUAAGGAGUGCGGGAAAGCUCUCGGUCAGCUGCAGGAUUUUUCAGGUCAUUGAAAACACAGCGCAAUAAAAGCGUGUGAAGGUAAGAGGUGUGGGAAGGCGCACAGGCCUCAUCCCUUCCAGUGCACAUGAGGAAUCGCCCUGGGGAGAGACCUGGACACGUCGCCGCUCCCUGCGAGAGCCCGGGAGGCUGCACAGUGUCGGGAAGCCUUUGUUCGGAAGGACUCCGGUGAGACCGUCCAGUGUCCCAGCGCCCCGCCAGUGCGUGCGACGGCCCUCCGUGGGCACGACCUCGUGAACGACUGCGAGGGCAGGUGGGUGUCGGAACCGUGGGAAAGCCUGCGGGACCUCAGGAGUCUGUGAGCACAGACGCGCUGUUUAGUUUCCCUUCAGAUCUUCUUGGAAAGGCGAGCCAGUGCCAGGGAGAUGGUCCUGAAGGGACACAGUUUUGGGGCGACUUCAGGCAUACGACGUCAUGUGUUAUGUUCAUGAAAAUUCAGGCGGGAGAGAAAUCUCUUCAUUCUUGUCAACAUGGUUUUGAGUUUCCAGAUGUGUCUUCCUUGGUUGGGACCCUAAGUGUAUGAAUUUUUAGUUGAUGUCACUAAUAUGGACACUGAUGGUUUUAAGUGGCCUUUUUCCUCUACAUCCAUACAACCUAGCUGUUGUCUCAGACUUGAAGCAAUCACACGGUUAUGUACAACACGUCUCUUUCCCAUUACAAUGUCUUUGGACCCAGAGGUGAUAAAAAUGUGUCUGUUGUUGCUGUGUACAUACAACUUUGUAUACUUUUACCAAAAAAUGUCUUGAAUUAUAUGUUCCAAAAUGUUCUUGUUAAAUUAUGAUGACAUGAGACCCCUCAUUGUUGAAAGUUCUUUUCUCUUUUCUGUUGUGAUACUGGAAUAAGCUGAUUAUGUGUCUACUCUUCUUUCGAGUCUUUAUUAAUGAAGGCUAUAUUUUCACAUCAA